ACGAGGAAAUGUGAGGAAAGCGCCGAUGAUCGCCGCCUCCUCGGCACGUACACAGGCUCCCUGCUCGGCUCCCGGCUCCCGGCUCCCAGACCUCCGGACGGGUUUGUGCGGACAUGAAGCUGCUGGUCCUGCUGGUCCUCCUCCUGCAGGCGUCCCGGUCUGCGGACAGCAGGUGUUUCUGUCAGGUCACAGGUGAUCUGGAGGACUGCGCAUGUGAUGUAGAAACCAUCGACGGAUUCAACAACGAUCAGCUUUUCCCCAAACUCCAGACUCUGCUGGAGUCCGACUAUUUCCGCUUCUACAAGGUGAACCUGAAUAAACCGUGUCCCUUCUGGAAGGUCCAGAGUCACUGUGGUCUGAAGCUGUGCGCCGUGCAGCCCUGCUCUCCGAACGAGGUGCCCGAGGGAAUCCGGUCGCCCUCCCACAACAAGUAUUCAGCAGAGGCCAACGACAAUCAGGACACAUGUGAGCAGGAGAAACACCUGGGAGCGGUCGACGUCUCACUGAGUAACGAGACCAGAGAGGCUCUGCUCAGCUGGAGCAAACACGACGACGAGGCGGAGCGCUUCUGCGUGGUCGACGACGAGGAGUCGCCGGACUCUCAGUAUGUGGACCUGCUCCUGAACCCGGAGCGCUACACGGGCUACAAAGGACCGGAGGCCUGGCAGAUCUGGAACAGCAUCUAUGAGGAGAACUGCUUCAAACCGUCCACCAUCCAGCGGCCUCUCAUCCCCGGAUUGUUUCAGAGCAGCUCAGGAAAUGAAGCGAAGAGCUUCUACAACUGGCUGGAAGGUCAGUGUGUGGAGAAGAGAGCGUUCUACAGGCUCAUCUCCGGCCUUCACGCCAGCAUCAACAUCCACCUGAGUGCCAGAUACCUGCUGGACGACAGCUGGUUCCAGAGGAAGUGGGGACACAACGUGACGGAGUUCAGACAGCGCUUCGACUCCGAGCUGACGGCCGGCGAGGGGCCGAAGAGGCUCCGCAACCUGUACUUCCUGUACCUGAUCGAGCUGCGAGCGCUGGCCAAAGUGCUGCCGUUCUUCCAGCAGCCGUCCUUCAGGCUGUACACGGGCAGACCGGCCGAGGACCAGAAGCACAAAGAGCUGCUGCUGGACAUCCUGCAGCAGGCCAGAAAUUUCCCUCUGCAUUUUGACGAGACGUCUCUCUUUACCGGGGAUGAAAUAGAAGGAGCCAAACUGAAGGAGGACAUCCGGCUGGCUUUCCUCAACAUCUCCCGGAUCAUGGACUGCGUCGGCUGCUUUAAGUGUCGUCUGUGGGGAAAACUGCAGACUCAGGGAUUAGGCACAGCGCUGAAGAUUUUAUUUUCCGAGCGGCAGAUUGAAGCUCUGAAGCCCAAAUCCAGCGGCGAGCGACCCAGUUUUCAGCUCAGCCGGCAGGAAAUCGUGUCCCUGCUCAACGCCUUUGGAAGGAUCUCUACAAGCAUCAGAGAGCUGAAGAACUUCAGAGCGUUGCUCGCAGAGGAGCGGUGAGUUUCGCCCGGAGGAGUCCGCCUUCAUCUUCGACUCCUCUGACGGGGUCAAAGUUCAAAUGAGCACAAACUGCUGCCUGUCCGAGUGUGUGAAGUCCUGCUAGAACUUGAAGAAAGAUCAGCUUUGAUUGGCUGAGAAACUUGUUUGUUUUUCUGUUUAAAAAAAGAAAAUCUUUUGUUUUGACCUGAAGUGAAGUUUUAAUUUGAUGGGAGUCACGCUUAAUGAUAUGAACGGUUGAAGCUGAAGAGACGUUUAAUAUAAAAACCUGUUUGGAAAGUUUCUUUGACCAAUGAAAUGACUUUAGAUUAUGUUCUUAUUCAGUUUGAUUCACUUAUCAGAGAUAUUUUUUGUGAUGACAUUUCUGUCCUGAGGAUGGCGCUGUUUGUACACUUGUAGUUUUUUUUCAUGUCCCUUUUAAUAGGAAAAAAAAAGGAAAAUGUUUUGUUUCCAAAAAGAAAUCACUGAUGAGAAAUAAAAUGUGUUUUAAUGGUUUUCUUUAAGUUCUCUACUUUUUCUUAACUCCAUGAUCUGGCUUAAUGGUGCCUUCAGUUGAUACAAAUUAAUAAUUGAAUGUAUUACGAUUGUAAAUGUAUUUUCCUUGUGAGGGAAGUUUUAAAGACCCAUUUAGUUCAUUUUUAGAUUAAUUUAUACUUCUCAAAUUAUAUUUAUGGACCAUUACAAGUUUAAUCUGGUUCAGCCUUCAUGUUAUGAUGAAUUGGUUUACAAUAUACACAAUGUUUGUCUUUUGGAAAUACAUUUAUUUUUAUCUGUAAUUAUAAAAUUGUGCAUGUGUGUCUGUGUACAUAUCUGUGCUUCAAGCUGCUCUCAUGAAAUGUUGAUGAAUGCACUUAAAAAUACUUCAUGGUUAGUAAUGGUUUCAUUUGGUCGACUCAUAGUUUGUGGAUUCCAUACGAAUUUUCCUCAUAAUUGGCAAGUUAAUUGAUAGUUUCAGCUUGAAUUGGUAUUAUUUCAAAUUGAUCUGACCUGCUUUAGUGAUUUCUGCACAAAUGUAUUCAUUAAUGUGCUGGUUGAGUUGAUUUAUGGUUUCAUUCUGCUUAUACACAGCAGUGUGUGCAUUGCAUAACUAUUCACAACUGUCAACCCACUUCUAAUAAAAUUGUAAGAUGAGGUGGUCUGGCUCUUAGAUACAUUUAAUAAAGAAAUACUUUUUUUUUGUUUGUUUACAAUCUGUAAACAUUUCAGCUGCAAUUUUCUGAACAGUUAUCACCUUAAUAAAAAUUCU